GUAGUUACAGCCCCCAACAAAACGAACGAAAGCAAAGUUUGAUUUGUUUAAUGCUAAAGAACAAUGUAAAUAUUGUUCAAAAUAUGGGUAACCGUGCCAUUGUUCGAUCACUCCCACAUUCCAUCGCUAGUGUGCGGAAGACGUUCGUUCUGGAAAGAAUUAUUAUUGAUCAGAAAUAUCUUUCAGCAUCGUGCCACCAUGUACUCUGACCGUUUUGCGUUGUUCGUUUGUGUUGUAGUGCUGCUAGUUAGUGGCACCGUUUAUGCAUCGCAAUGCACACAAUCCACCGAGCGUCUGCCCAACAGUACUGCCCCAUUUGAGGUCCAUCAUAACCGCGAUCGACGGUACGUGCUCAGCUACCCGGUGAACGGUGGUGUGGCGAAAGUGCUUUUCGGUUUCGUCGCACCGGUACGCUUUCAUCACAUGCUGAAGCGCAGCAUCAACCUGGGCAUUAAUGUGCAGGCCAACUAUCGCAUCCUGCCGAACAUUAUCUUCCCGCAUCCUGAGUCAGUGUGGAAGAACCGCUACAGCGAAGAUACGUACGUCGAUACGGGCCGUAAGCAGCUGUACACGCUGCUGGAGCAAUUUCUCGGCAAACCAGGUGACCGGAGCGGCCAAAGUGAAAGGGCACGUGCCUGCCUGCUGCGAACGAUAUGCGAGGUGGCCGACACACCGCUGACCCACAAUGGGAUGGUCGGCGAAAUAUUGGACAUUAUUUUCACUCCUGGUGAUACGGAUGACCUGUUGGAUGAGUAUAAAAUGGCACGAAAGUACGGUGCUAACGGGGUAAAUUGUGCCCGCCUGUAUGACGCGUGUCCCUUUGGUCAUGGAAUUUUGGAUACUGUUACUGCGAUGCAUUGGUGAAGUUUAAUUAUCUGCAAACG